AUGGGCACGCCUCGUCUCCACGACGCGAUGUGUUCCAAGUGGUGCCGGCGCUUGUCGCUGGCCUUGAUGGCCACGAUCAUUGUCAACAACGCUGCUGCUGCCCCGGCUGAUCCCGUCAAAUGGACCAGCUGCCCAGAUACGCCCUUCACCGUCCAGUAUCAGGCCCCCACAUCCCCAGACGCCAUCCCCACCCUCACCGUCACCCCAUCCAUGUCCAUCGAUGUUCGCGAGGGCGAAACCAUGCCCCAGGACCCCAUCAUGUUUGCUCUCAUGGUAACGGGCAAGGACAAGGCGCACGAGUACCUGGCGCGCAAGUCCAUGGCCUCGUUUGCGGCGCAGACGAUGCGGCACAAGGUGAUGGUGGUGAUCAACGACUCGCCCGACUACAGCUUGGUGGGGCCGCCCUCUGACUGGCUGGCGGCGACGCUUCCAAACAUGCCGGAGAGUGAGGUAUCUGCGGCGUGUGUUGUGGAGAUUCGCGUGGAGCCACGGAAGUUUACGCUGGGGGAGCUACGGAAUAUUGGGAUCAACGCGGUACCGGUGCAGGGGACCUGGGUACAAUGGGACGACGACGAUUGGCACGAGCGACAGUAUAUGCGUCUCAAAUACGACUACAUGGUUGACAAACAUGCGGAUGCCAUCACCUUGCGUACGCAAGUUCGAUUUAUUCUGGAAAAGAACAGCAGUUUCGCCUUUGUCUUACACGGUGGCUCGCACACCAACUCUCAUGGUGAUUUGGACCCGCCAGCGGUGUCACCCACCGGUAUUGAAGGCACAAUCAUGGUACACAAGGCGCCGACCUUGGCGCCCAUUCAAUAUCCGGCAGAGAGCCGAGAGGAAGACACGUUUUAUCUCGACACCCUCAAGGCCAAAGGCUUUAAAAUGGUCGUUUGGGAGGAAAAUCCGGUGUGGAUUUACUUCCGCCUCUACCACGGCAUCAACACCUGGGAUGCCAAGCACUACAUGAUUAAUGAGCUGCCGGGCAACAACGCUUGGUGUGUCAAUCACUCGACACGGCAGUUCGGAUGUGUCGACCCCUUGAGCAACAAGCUGCACGAGGUCGUCCUCAGCGAGUAUCAUGAUGUCGCACGCAUCAUCGACGUGAGCGGCGUAAAAGCCAAAAAGCAUCACGGCAUGCUGCCUAUCGCCAUCCUGCUCUUUGCUGGAGGGCUCGGGGUAGCCUAUAGGAUAGCGCGGCAUACACCCAAGAAUGCAGAGCAAUGA